GCAAAAAGUUACACAGAGGGAGACAGAAAGCCCUUGACUCAGGCUGUUCCUCCCUUGCCCCACUAACAACAAUUUCCCCUCCAUUUGCACCGCGACAACAAUUCCCCUCUGCAGCAACAAUUUUGCUGGUCGCGUGUGCGCAUACGCUAUAGUCCACUGAACCUCUAUUUUUGUUUUUCCCCCGAAAAGCUGCUCAUCUCCCGUUAUGGCUUCCGAGAAUAAAGCCACUGUGGAGACCGCCGCCAUCACGGAGGGCGUCCAGAACUUGCAGACUCCCUCUGCAGAUGGCCCCUCCAAGAGCGCCUUGAAGAAGGCCGCCAAGCAGGAGAAAAUGGCUGCUGAGAAGGCCGACAAGGCUCUCAAGCAUGCCACGACAACUCAGGCCAAGAAGAUUUUGAAGAAUCAGCCCAAGGCCAAGGAGGGUAAAGACACCAAGGACGAUGAGAAGAAAAUUACUGUUGGCAAGGACGAAGACUUUGCUGGCUGGUAUCAGCAGGUCUUGACCAAGGGAGACAUGCUCGAUUACUACGAUGUCGCUGGUUGCUAUAUCCUCAAGCCUACUUCAUUCUUCAUCUGGGAGAGUAUCCAAAAUUGGUUCAACGAGAAGAUCAAGAAGAUGGGCGUCCGAAAUUGCUACUUCCCCAUGUUUGUCUCUUCCAGAGUGCUCGAGCGUGAGAAGGAUCAUAUUGAGGGUUUCGCACCUGAGGUCGCUUGGGUUACCAAGGCCGGCAAGAGCAAUCUCGAGGAGCCCGUCGCAAUCCGUCCCACCUCCGAGACCGUCAUGUACCCCUACUACGCCAAAUGGAUUCGCAGCCAUCGUGACCUCCCUCUGAGACUGAACCAGUGGAACUCGGUCGUGCGAUGGGAAUUCAAGCACCCUCAACCUUUCCUCCGUACGAGAGAAUUCUUGUGGCAAGAAGGUCAUACCGCCCAUUUGACCGAGGAGGGAGCCGCUGAGGAAGUCCUGCAGAUUCUUGAGUGGUACGCGGGCGUCUAUGAGGAACUUCUCGCGGUUCCUGUUAUCCGUGGCCGUAAGACGGACAAGGAGCGGUUUGCCGGCGGUCUGUACACUACUACCGUUGAAGGUUACAUUCCUACGACCGGCCGUGGUAUCCAGGGUGGUACCAGCCACUGCUUGGGACAGAACUUUAGUAAAAUGUUCAACAUUACCGUUGAGGAUCCCAACACCAAGGACGGCGAAAAGGGUCCCCCGCUAUUCGUCUGGCAGAACUCGUGGGGCCUGUCUACCCGUACUAUUGGUGUCAUGACCAUGAUCCACGGUGACAACAGGGGCUUAGUCCUUCCCCCUCGUGUCGUCGAGAUCCAGGUGGUGAUUGUGCCGGUCGGAAUCACCAACAAGCUGAGCGAGGAUGAGAAGAAGAAGCUCUAUGAGGAGACUCGCGUUUUAGGCGAUAAACUCCGCGCCGUGGGCGUCCGCGUCGAGGUCGACGACCGUGACAGCUACUCCCCCGGCUGGAAAUUCAACCAGUGGGAGCUCAAGGGCACCCCGCUCCGCCUUGAGUUUGGUCCUGGCGAAGCCAAGGGUGGUUUCGUUACCACUUCUCGUCGUGAUAUUCCUGGAAAGGAUGGUAAGGGAUCAAUUGCUCUCUCCGACCUCGAGAAGGAGGUCCCUGCGCUCCUCGAGACGAUCCAGGGCGACUUGUACAAGCGCGCCAAGGACGCGUUUGACUCUCACGUCAUUCAGGUUACGGACUGGAAGGAUUUCGUUCCUGCGCUCAACAACAAGAACGUUUGCUUGAUCCCCCACUGUUUGACCGAAGAGUGCGAGGACCAGGUCAAGGACCUCAGUGCCCGCAAGGACGAGGGCGACAACGUUGCAGAAGAUGCUCGUGCCCCGUCGAUGGGUGCUAAGAGUUUGUGCAUUCCGUUCCAGCAGCCCGAGGGUGUUGUCAAGGGUGAAACGAAAUGCACCAACCCGCAAUGCUCGAGAACUGCUGAGGCCUGGUGCUUGUUUGGCCGCAGCUACUAAGCUUGUGUCAAUCUAUUGAAAGGAUGUAUGCAUGACGACCAGCAUGAUGAUGAUUGGUGAGAAGCGGCGCAGAUAGAAGGCAUGGGGCUCUGGGGGAGUUAGAGCGCCAACGCAUUUACGAUAUUUCUUUUCUUAUUUUAGCCAAUCAAUUCUCGAAGGCUAGAUGUGAGCUACGAAUGAUAGCUUUUAGAAUGCAAUUUUUCUGAAACAAAGACGAUUUUGGGCCUUGAGAUUUUUCUUUGUCUACGGAGUAUGCGGAAGCUUUGCGGAAGUCUGCGGAAGAAUAAAACAUGG